UCGUGAUCCCCUUUUUCCCUCCUGCUGCUGAAAAAGAACAUCGCGAAAACCACAGUGCGAGCGGGAACACCCACCAAACCAAAUAUUUUCAAAACCACGCGCUCCUUCUUCUUCUUCUUCUUUCUCUUCUUUCUUUCUUAAACCCUUUCUCAAACCCCUUCUCUUCAACACUCCCUCCUUACUUACUUUCACUCUCCAUUAACCCAUUCUCAUUCCCACUCGCAUGGCUCACCAGGAGAACCCCACGCGCCCUCAGCGCGAGGCCAAAAAGAGGGCAGCAGCUGCACUCUCCGAGCUCCAAACCGGCGCGUCCAAGAAGAAGCGCGUCGUGUUGGGCGAACUCACUAACAUCACCAACUCCAGCGUUGUACCACCACAACAACAACAACCUGCCAAGCCGGUUCUCGAUAACCGCCGGUUUAGUCAGAACGAGGAGAAAAUAAAAACCACCACUACCAGGGGAAAGAAGAGAACGGUCGGGAAAAACCAGAAACCGGCGGUGACUCCACCGGAAACUGUUGACGCCGCAAAGAAGCCGGAAGUUACUGUUGAUCCGCAAUUAUGUGCUCCUUAUGUUUCUGAUAUCUACGAUUAUCUUCGUAAAAUGGAGGAAGAUCCAAGUAAGAGGCCACUACCGGAUUAUGUGCAGAAAGUGCAGAGGCAUGUGAAUGCAAACAUGAGGGGUGUUCUUGUGGAUUGGUUAGUAGAGGUUGCCGAGGAGUACAAGCUUGUUUCCGAUACCCUUUACUUCUCAGUUUCAUACAUUGACAGAUACUUGUCUUUGACUGCCUUAUCAAGUCAAAAGCUGCAGUUGCUUGGUGUUUCAGCAAUGCUUAUUGCAUCAAAAUAUGAGGAGAUAAAGCCACCUGAGGUGGAAGAAUUUUGUUACAUUACAGACAACACAUACACCAAGGAUCAGGUUGUGGAGAUGGAAGCUGAUAUAUUGAAGUCUUUGAAGUUUGAAUUGGGUGGUCCAACAGUAAAGACCUUUCUAAGAAGAUUCUCUAAAGUUGCUCAAGAGAGCAAAGAUACAUCAGACUUGCAAUUUGAGUUUCUCACUAGCUACCUCGCAGAGCUCAGUUUGUUGGAUUAUAAUUGUGUGAAAUUUUUGCCUUCUUUGGUGGCAGCAUCUGUUGUAUUUCUAGCAAGAUUUAUGCUAAGCCCAAAGAAACAUCCUUGGAAUGCAGCACUUUAUCAACUCACUAGAUAUAAACCAGCCGAAUUGAAGGAAUGUGCUCAAAAUAUACAUGAUCUGUACCUCAGCAGGAGAGGUGGCUCUUUGCAAGCUGUGAGAGAGAAAUACAAACAACAUAAGUUCAAAUGCGUGGCCACAACUCCGUCACCUCCAGAGAUUCCCGUUUCUUAUUUUGAAUUUAGAGUGGCAGAUCCAUAGGUAAUAGUUACAUGGGAUUUUUUGCUAUGGCUUUGGGUUUAACUAUUGGUGGAGGCAUGAGAAAUUGGACUGCUAACCCCAGAAGAUGAGUUUCAUUUGCAUUGGCUAAUGCUCAUUGUAAGUGCUUGCCAUGAAAUCUGGCUGUUUAAUGUAUCGAUACUUUUCCUUGCCUCACUGACCUCAACUGAUCUGGUAUAUGAUGUGAGAUAAGUUUCAUUAGUUCAGAACUAGGUUUCUAUUUUUCAACAUUAAGGUGUUUAAAGUUCUAGGCAGAGUUCAGUUUAGGUGCUCAGAGUUCUGUGUAUGUAUAGGGAAGUAUAUGGGUUUCAUGUUCAAAUCUAUGACAACAGAGCUCUGAUGUUCAGAAA